GGUUAACACUUUUCCUAGAUGACGACUCAAUGUGGAGGCUUACAUCGUCACAGCUCUACCAACCUUAAACAUCAACAUGAAGCUUGCCGCCGUUCUCUCAACCGAAGUCGCCAUUCUCGGUGUCCCAAGCGCAGAGGACUCGGCGGUAGAGAACUUUGACAACCCGGCAUGGUGGGGGAAGAAGAAGAGAGACUCAACUGUUGAAAACUUUGAUAAUCCGGCGUGGUGGGGAAAGGACAAGAUGGCGACGACAGUUGAGAACUUUGACAACCCGGCGUGGUGGGGGAAGAGUGAAGAGGACCGCUGAAGUGAAGGUGGGACCAUCACGCAGGCUCGGCUUUCCUUAGUAGAUCACAGAUGCUUGGUCGUCUAGACUAAGUGAAGUGGCAAGUACAGUCGUAUGGAGGAUUUCAACUCGGGCCGAUUCUGCAUUGGCCGUGAUGAGGCUCUGGUACUGGGCCUGGACUUGCUGGCGGGUUCCCC